AUGUUUUGUGAUAUAAACAUGCUGAUCGCGCUCUUCCUCGGGAUAUCAUUAGCCGCUUCCCAGGAACUGUGUCCAACAUGUGUCAGAGGCAACGGCACUUGUUACAACAUCACACAGCUCUUUGACAUAGACGCGCCGUUCAGGAAUCGCAUCGUUAUCCACAAAUUAGCCCUAUUACGCUCCACCAACACUCUAUUUUACAGCUUCGAGCCUCAUAUACAGGAUCAAGAGUAUUACAAAGUCGGCUUCGUCAACAUAGACGAUCCGGUGAACAAUACUAUCAUUACUCCAGGAAAGAUUAUGAAUUUUGGAACGUUCGACAUUGACCAGAAUAAUGGAUUAGUCUAUUUGGGAGGCAGUGAUGGAAUUUACGUCCUAGACACUAAAGAUAGUAGAGUCGCGCCGUACAGCUCCCGCGGGGAUACGGUACUGAGCAUUUUCUAUAAAGGCAACGUCUAUUUCGUGAGGUACGGAGAGUACAGAGUUGUGAAGAAGAAAGGCGAUAACUUCGACGUAGUUUUCGACCAUAUGCCGGUUGAAAAAUUCGUUGUUAAUAAGGAUUAUGUCACUGUGUUAAUCGGUAGAUAUGGCCUCUUCGCUAGCAAGAACGACGAGACUGUAUGGCUGAGUUACAACCCCUAUUUCCGUGGCUUGGCUAUAGAUAGAUACGAUGUGAUAUACACUUGGUGGUUGGACGGUAUUUAUAAAGUUAUAAUAGAUAAGAAGUUAGGCAAUUCUAGAAUUGUAAAAGCGAUAUACAUGAAUGAUGUGGGCGCACUUACAUUUGACAGGGAUAACAAUAUACUGUUCACAUCUGGUAAAAGUUUAUAUAGACUGACAGAUACUAAUACUACGUGUGAACGAAGCGACAAGAAGAAAAUACGGUUAUAG